AUGUCGACUUCACUGGAACAGCAAGCUGCUAACAGAAAAGAGAGACUUGCACAGCUUAGAAAUCUCAAGCGUAAAAGUGAAACUAGACCAGAAACUCUUGAAAAAGAAGAGAGGGAUCCGUCUGGCUCAGAAUCUCCGUCGGUUGUUACUGGCUCAGGCAGGAACUUUGAUAUCGAAAACCGAGCUCCAAAGUUAGGGUAUGACGAGAACCCCUUAGACGGCAUUGAUGAGACAGUCGAGAUUGUUGCUGAACAUGUUCAAAAAGAGACUCUGGCAAGAUUAGAGGCAAAGAGUUCAUCUUCUGCUCUGGAUUUGUCGAAUUUGCAACCCAAGAGUGUUAACUGGGAUUUGAAAAGGGACCUUGAACCCAGUAUGGCUAUUCUUGACCGAAAAACUAACGACGCUAUUAUUAAAUUGGUCCAUCAAAGAUUGAAGGCGGCUGGUGCCACUGCUGCUGAUUGA